GGAAGACUUCAGUUGCGAACUAAGUUCCUAACUGUUCGGAGCAUUAUGCGUUCAGCUGUUGGUGUCUGUGUUUGCGUGCAAAUUUUACUUGUCAUCGUUGUCCCAAACUAUGCGGUGGAUUUUCCUAAAGGUAACUAUGUCGUAAAUUGUUUUCUGUUCUUGUUUCGAUUUCAAUUGAUGAUGAGAACGCAUAACCACCGCGAAGUGAUCUUAAGCUAGUACUUUGAGACACUGCUACUCUGUUUGAUAUGUGACUUUCAACUAGACUCGUUUCUUCGUAAUGCAAAUAUGUAUUUCUUGAAAACCGUUGGAAUGGAAGUUCUUCUCGGACUUUGACGCAAUUGUAACGACAUGUGUAUUCGACAGCAUUUCACAUGCCUCAUUUCAUGACAAUCAUAGGUAAAAAUAUUUCAACUCUGCAAUGGCAAAAUCUCUUGUUUACUGUCGUGCUUAUAAAGCUUGGACGUGCUGUUUCAGAAUUUUUAAUCCACGAAAGAGAAAGAUCUUACGUUGUACGUCAUGAUUUUCUCUGCAAUUCUGAGUACGUCCUCUACUCGAUAUGCUCAAUAUAUGGCAUUGCAUUUCCUUUUCCUCAGUAGUUUUGACGCACGAUUUCUUGAAAACUACACUAUUGCCAGAAUUGCGUUUUAUUUCAAUUCCUUUGGUUAAAGCUACGUCACUACCCAAUUAGGUUAAAGCUAUCCGAAAAUUUCCUAUGUAACAGGGUCAAGCGAACUUGAUCACAAGUCUCUAGCAUAACCCAUUAGAAAUUCAAUUCAUCAGGAAAAGAUUAAUUUUAUUUUACCCAAUUCAACCUUAUAAUAAGGUCUCAGAGGUUUUAAGACGAAUCUAACAACCGUUCAGUGACAUGAUGCAACUCAAUGCGAUUUCAUUGAACAUUUUCUCGAGACAUUUAUGAUAAUAAAAUUACACAUUGUUUCAGUUGUUAAGGUCUGCUUUGACAAGUUCCAAUAUCAUUGUUAGUUAACGAGACAAACAAACAAAUGAAUCAAUGUUAAAAUUUCCCUCUCAUUAGCAUCACAAUAGUUCUUGAAAAGUUUCAGGUCAUUUUAUUAUCUUGUCUGACUCUCUUUUGAAAUUGCCGAAAACAAACUAAACAGGAGUCCGCUUGUUCCGCUCCUUUCUUCAUCUUGAGGUGGUACUGAUCGCAGAUUUCAGCAGUAAACUCAUGAUCGCUACAGAGAACAGAUGCAACUAGAAUUUUCCAUAUAACCUGGAGUAACCUUUCUAUUUAUUCAAAGAUCAGUAAUUCAAAUUGUGAUUGAUGGUGUCUGGGUUUGCUUUUGAUUGUCGAUUAAGGAGUAUAAUUAACAGGAAAACCACUAAAAGGCUCAUGUAGGGUUUGUACAUAAGCGGUUUAGUUGCGGAUCAAGGAAUAUCGAAGUUGGCGAAUUCAGAUUGAUUAAAGGAAAAGGGCACCACAUAAAAAAAUUAAUUCGAAAGGAAAACGCCUUGUUUCGAUAAAGGCGCAAUUAAGAAGGGGGCACUUCGGAGCAAUUAACUUCAAAGACGAAUCGAUGAGGCAUAACAUUUAUCUCUGCAUUAUAAUGAAGAGCCCUAAUUUUAAAUACAAUUAUAAAAAGCUCUGAUUUCCAUUGCUGUUGGCGCAAGUACAAAAACAAAAAAGAGAAAAAAAAAAAAAAACGUCAUAAAACAUGGCAAAACAAUAAGUCCAAAAACGAGUUAUUUCAGUGAGUUACUUUCUCAGUGGGUAAUCGUUUCCUCUUUGAGAGAAAGUGUUUCACCGGAAACGAAGAAAGUUCCAAUCUCUUAUAGGAGGUUCAAUUAUCACUGCUUGAGCACUUGCCUCAUUGUUUUCCAUUUUCUCUAUUUUUAGCAUGAGAUAUAAUUAAUUUUAGUUGGAUUCUAUCCUUGGGUUCUAUAAAUAGCUAUAGAAGGUGUUAACGACAGUCUUCAAGUUGCCAAAUGAUAAAACAUGAGAUAUAACCACGCCUUUAACAUUACUAAAAACAAGACUGAGAAACAUCGACGUCCGAAUAACCCAUAAAGCCUACACUCUAAGAAACGCCCUAUCCAAGAGAGACGAACCAGAAUGUAAACGCACCAACUGCCCUGUUGCACACACAAAGUUUUGUUUACGCAGAUGCACCAUCUACAAGAUCACAUGCGUCAAAUGCCACCAAUUCUACGUCGGCAGCACUUACCGACAUACAUAAGACCGCGUAAAAGAAAUUUAACAACAACAAAUCUUCUGUGUUCACGCACUUACUCGCAUGCCAAAGGAUCACCAAAAACGUGAAAAUAAAACAUGACAUUAUAUCAUAACGUAUUUAUUCAAGAUGAAAAAAAGAAAAAUAAUGAAACAUCUUGAAAAGGAAGACUGGAGGUUGACCCUAUGACGUUUUCCUAAAAUUAUCGACAACCACAAUGAACCAGUAAACCUUCUCCUCCUCGAGGCACUAAAGAUUAGAAAACCUAAGCCCGAAAUCAACUCUAGGGAGGAGUGAGCCGAACUCGUUGACCUUCUAUUCUGCCAACACUACAUUUAUUUUCUGCUAAGACCUUUCGUUCUAACUAUUUCUACCGCAUUUACAUUCCUGCCAUUGUCCUGUCUUAUUGUCUGCUGAACCCUGAUUACCUAGCCUAACACCUCGCCCGAUAUACUCUUCACUUCAAAGAUUCCCUCUACAUUCCCUGAUGAUGCCGUAGAUCGGCGAAAGCUCGAAAGACUGAAUUAUCGUAGCAUACCUGGCCUAACUUGAUUUACACGUCUGACAAGAUUUAUUGGUUGAAAGUUUUUUUUUUUCUGGCAAACCAUAAACAGCUUUAAACUUUUCCUCUUUUGGAGGAAAAGCGAAUGAAGAAACAUUCCGUCAAGUGUUAUUUGCGUGAAGGAGUCGGCCAACAUAACUAAAAUUUCUGCAAUGCCAUAGCCACGACAGGAAAAGCGUUGUAAUUCCUUUGCUUUGAAACUUAUGCCACGUCACUCAAGUUCCUCAUUUUCAAAACGUCUCCGUUCGUCAUUUUCAAAACAUCUCCGUUCGUCAUUUUCAAAACAUCUCCGUUCGUCAUUUUCAAAACAUCUCCGUUCGUCAUUUUCAAAACGUCUCCGUUCGAAACUAUUCGCGCGAGUUCUUCUCAGCUAAACCGCUUUAGUUUUGUUUCAAGGGCACCUAAAUUCAGCGACAAUAGGCUGUUUUGGAGAACUAAACAAAUUCACUUUCAAGACGCAGCCAAGUGGCAAAGUUUUCUUGGAUCUAAUGGUCUCUUGCGUAUGAAUUACUAAUCAUUUUCGCAUGUACAUUUUAACAGGUCCCGGAUGUGGUGCGCUUCUUACAGACAACCUUGUCAAUUACACGACUAAAGUAGGGUCUUCUUAUAAUGACAGCUUUGAUGAAAGUCAUAUUUUUCUGAAUAGUACAGGGGCUUGGUGUGCAUUGUGGAAUCACGGACUUGUGUAUCCAGAGUUCACUUUCGGUAAGGAAUAUUUACCCUUAAGAGAAAGUUAAUCAAUUCAAAUUAUCUCCACCUUAAAUUUCUUUUCUCCUCUUGGCUUAGAACAUCUUUCAGCUACUCAAAAAUUCGAGAUAAAUCUAUGUUCAUUCGUACGAUGAAAGAUUUAAAAUACCCCUUAUGUUCGCAGAUGCUUAUCCCUACCAUGACGCGCGUAGAAAAUUUUAAGCAUGGUUGCCUUGCGUGCCAGCUCAGCCAAAUAUCUUUCUUGAAUUUUUAUGGGCCGCGCUCACAGCUAAGGCAAACUUUCAACAAUGUUGACGCUUGAUAAAAAAAUCAUGAUUAUCAGAAAGAAGGACUACAAAAUGAAUUAAAAGAACUCGCCGCGGGUUUUCUUUGUUUUGAAAGAAGUAGUGUUAACUGUUUUGUCGCCAGGACUACUCAUAAAUUUUCUUUUGCAAACUUUGGGAAGCAGUCGUGAAAUAAUCAUUGUAUAAACCGGCAAGAAGCACUUUUGUCUUAUGGGGAGUUCAAAACAUAUAACCAGGAACUUACAAUCUCGAAAUCUUGCCCACACACAGCAUUGUUAACGACAGAGUUUUAAUGAGACAGAUUUUGACUAUGAUAGUUUUAUGGUUUGGCAGCUUUUGGUUACGUAAAAAGGUUUUUUUUUGUGACUUAAUAUCGAGAAUAAUAUUCAAAUUUUUUUAUUUUUUUUUACAGAUAAGCAAGUCAACAUUUCUGUAUUUGCAUAUCAAGGGCGAAGUAACAGCCAAGACUAUGUCACGAAGCUCUUUAUUUACUUCAAACGUAUCAAUUUAUGGAAUGUCUUUUGGUCCCAUUAUCCAACGGAUGAUAACGUUGAGGUUGUUAAAAUCACUUGAUUAAAUUCUCUCUUAGUUUAGUUAGAUUAUAACAAUAAUAAUAAUCAACUUUUUUUUUCGAGGGUGGCACUUGACAGUAUAAAGUACUAAUAAACUCGUGGCCCUCAAGAUUACGACCACGCCGGGUGCUGUGGCCGUCUGUUUUUCAUAUUUUAUGAGACAACAAGAAAAGAAGAGAAAUCAACCCGUAAGGAAACCUCAAUUUUUUUUCUUUGUAAAUAUCGUAGUAUUUUGAUUACGCACCGACCACCGAUGGAGACGAAAUUGCGUACUUCCCUCUGAAUGGACUGGUGGCUCAGCGAGUAAAGAUUAGAGUUCAAACAUGGAAUAAAAUCUGCAUGCGGGUUGAGUUAUAUGGAUGUGUAGUAGGUAAGUGACUAUGUGACUAUGACUGCACAGUAGUGCUUGCUAUUAAAGAUCAAUCAUUCCCCUCUUAGCUUGAGAGGAGGGGUUGAGAGGUUGGAGUUAUAUGGAUGUGUAAUAGUUAAGUGAUUAUGAAUGUACAAGUGAGCUUGCCAUUAGAGACUAGUCAUUCCCCUCUUAGCUUGGGAGGAGGGGUUGAGAGGUUGGAGUUAUAUGGAUGUGUAAUAGUUAAGUGAUUAUGAAUGUACAAGUGAGCUUGCCAUUAGAGACUAGUCAUUUCCCUCUUAGCUUGGGAGGAGGGGUUGAGAGGUUGGAGUUAUAUGGAUGUGUAAUAGUUAAGUGAUUAUGAAUGUACAAACGUGCUUGCUAUUAGAGACCAGUCAUUCCCCUCUUAGCUUGGGAGGAGUGGGGUGGGGUGGGGUGGAGGUUGGAGUUAUAUGGAUGUGUGAUAUGUAGGUCACCAUUUGCUAUUAGAGACUAAUUAUUCGCGUUUUAGGGAGAGGGAGGGGGGAGGGGGGAGGGGGGAGGGGCAAAGGUGUUUUUCAGUUGUGCCCGAUAACAUUUCUCUGAUCCUCAUAGGUCUCUGUAGUAUUCCUAUGUUUCUCCAUUCCCCCUCCCCUCUCCUCCCUCAUUAACAGCAAGAGGAACACCUUAUCCUCUCUUGUUGGAAUUUGGUUUGCAGUCUAGUACUGUAGUCCCUCUCCCCCUCCCCCCUCUUUAAGCUCUGAUGGCGACAAGUGAUUCCCCUCCUUUCCUUUCUGAAAACCAGGUGACUCCCCUUAAAAAAUGCUCUUCUUCGGGCAAUUACAAACAAGUUUAUGAUGGGCACUUUACAUACUGUCAAUCACGGCAAAACUACCUCCCUCCUAGUUCAUUUAAACAUCACCUCCCUCCUAGUUCAUUUAAACAUCUCUCUAGAGUCACUAGCUUCCUAUAUAUGAGAGAAGAUUUAUUAAGCAAAAUGUUUUUACAUGGUCUAAUGCAAGUCAAGUUUAAGACUCUUUCACCCCUUUCCGAUACCACUCCUUUCCCAACUCCCUCGAUACUCACUGGGCCAGUGUCUUAAAUUGUAGAGUCUAAUUUGCUAGUCAUGUCUUACCCACACCAUUCUCAAAUAUUUGUGUGUGCUCGAAUAAGCAACAAUAAAAGUGUUAUUUAUUAACAGUUAAUGGGGGAUUCUCGAAUUGGUCAGAUUGGACUCGGUGUUCCAAUCCAUGUGGUAACGGAACCAGUUUUCGAAACAGAACGUGCACCAAUCCCGCUCCGCUUCAUGGCGGAAAGUAUUGCGAGGGAGACUUUAACGAGAUGAUGGACUGUGUAGGAAAUGAGUGUCCAGGUGGGUGAAGAAACAGUAACCAUUUCCCAACCCUCCUUUUUGUCGUCAACCUUAUCCUCUCUUGUUGGAAGUUAGUUUGCAGUCUAGUUCUAUAGUCCCUCUCCCCCCCCGUCUUUAAGCUCUGUUGGCGACAAGUGAUUCCCCUCUGUUCCUUUUGAAAUCCAUGUGACUCUCCUUAAAAAUACUCAACUUCAGGCAAUUACAAACAAGUUUAUGAUGAGCGCUUUGCAUACUGUCAAUCACGGCAAAACUACCUCCCUCCUCGUUCAUUUAAACAUCAUUCUAGAGUCACUAGCUUCCUAUAUAUGAGAGAAGAUUUAUUAAGCAAAAUGUUUUUACAUGGUCUAAUGCAAGUUAAGUUUGAGACUCUUUCACCUCUUACCGAUACCACUCCUUUCCCAACUCCCUCGAUACUCACCGGGCUAGUGUCUUAAAUCGUAGAGUCUAAUUUGCUAGUCAUGUCUUACCCACACCAGUCUCAAAUAUUUGUGUGUGCUCGAAUAAGCAACAAUAAAUGUGUUAUUUAUUAACAGUAAAUGGGGGAUUCUCGAAUUGGUCAGAUUGGACUCGGUGUUCCAAUCCAUGUGGUAACGGAACCAGUUUUCGAUACAGAACGUGCACCAAUCCCGCUCCGCUUCAUGGCGGAAAGUAUUGCGAGGGAGACUUGUACGAGAUGAUGGACUGUGAAGGAAAUGAGUGUCCAGGUGGGUGAAGAAACAGUUACCAUUUCCCAACCCCAAUUUUUGUCGUCAACUAUAGAUAGGGGACCUUAUGAAACAAUAAUGGCGACGGAAACGAAGACUUGGCAAAACAAAAGAUUUCAUGGGCAGAGCAAUUGCUCAGCACGUGCGUUUUAAGAAUUUGUACAUUUCUUAGCCGUCCUCUACAAAACAAGGACAUUAAAUAACCAAAAUUUGCGUAGUCAAAGAAAAGAGAGCUCGACGUCGAAUUAUUUAAGUUUCCUUUUGGGACUCAAUGCUGCUCGGGUACCGGCGUCAGUGCUGAAGUUGAGAUGUGGCGCCGUGACGAACGGUUAAUUUGGUAAAAACAUGCCGCCAUUCGCGGAAAUUCUAACAAAAGAUAUGAGAUCCCUUUUUUCAUUAAUGUGUUCCUCGGCGUUGCUGUCCUGGCUGUUUAAGGUCCCUAUUACAUGGUCCGUGUACUUGUGCCUCCAAACCUUGCAUCGUGUAUUGACAGAUUCAGACCUCGAGGUAGAGUAAUGGCGUCUUAGAAAAAAAACAAACCUUUCAGCUGUUUUUAGCAUAUAAAUAUUAACUAAAAAAUAACAGAAUAAGGGUGAAGGAAGAGAGAGAUUUUCGUGGACUGUUCUGGUGCACAAAUAGCUUUUGGUGAAGAAUUAUCAUGAAUAAGGUAUCAUAGCUUAGUUACGAGAAAACUUAAGUAACGUUUUCACUUUUUAAUCAGUAUUCAAGUCCAGCUGGGAGACAAAAUAUCCUUUAUUCAUUAUUGCGUUUUGCGCUUGGUUUCACAGUCAAUGGAGGCUUCUCUGAUUGGUCCGAAUGGAAUACCUGCAGUGUGACCUGUGGGACCGGAUUCCAAUUACGUCAACGAAAUUGCACCAAUCCCCCUCCGGCGCAUGGUGGGCAAAAAUGUGACAGCGAAGAUUUCACAGAAGUGCGAAACUGCACAGCGUCAGCAUGCUAUGCAAAAGGUAAAUGUAUAUCAAAAUGUUGUUCUUUCUUCUGCAUGAUAACUUUGCUAUACAAAAAUAUUUUGUGCUUUCAAUAAAAAAUUUCCUUUUCUGUUUUACUAGUACAAGUCACAAAUACCAAUUCUAAGUCGCUGACAGAAUCGGGAAUUUCUAUUAUUUCUCUUCGCUAUUUUUUUGCACGCGCCAUAGUUCAGCAAACACGAAAGAAAAAGAUUAAGCACUUUUAAAUUACCCACCUUCUCGCACAACAAUCAAAGAGCUGAAAAUAGCACGGUGUUUAUAUUAACUACAUAUUACAAUGAAAAACUUUCUUAGGGAUAAAGCAUGUAUUGUUGUGCUAAACAAAGCACCAAGGCAACAGUGAAAGCAUUUACAAGUAUGAAUCAAACAUACCAUAGAAAUUUCGAUCCAUCAGCGGGCUUUGAUUGCUAGAGGAGGGAAUACAUAUUGAAAGUAACUCAUUAAAAUUUAAAUUAAUACAGUUAAAUCAAGUCAUUUGACAUAUUCAGUUGUCAUCGUUGCAUCAGUCAAACAGUACCAAACUGAAAAUAAAUAAUCGAAGAAAAACUCUUUCAAGUGAAGUGUCUCAAUUGCAUCAGUCAAACAGUGCCAAACUGAAAAUAAAUAAUCGAAGAAAAACUCUUUCAAGUGAAGUGUCUCAAUUGGACACGAUUGAUACAUCUCCUAACCGGCCAACACUAAAAGAAAAAGGAAAAGUGCCAAAACUAGAACUGCUCAGCUGUUUUUGUUUGUUUGCUUGUUGUACACAAUGAUUGACCAUUAAGCGCCGUGGGCGAGUACAAUAAAUAAAAUCAAGUCAUCGUCGACUGAAAUUUUAAAUUAAAAAAUUAUUGUGGCCUUCCUUGUUUCCCAAUGCUCUAAAGAACUAACUCUGAAGAAGUAAUUACCUGAGCUGCCUUUCGUAUGAUUAUCUUUAGGCUGCACUGCUAUCUUACGUUACUGUUGCGGGGGCGAUGAAAUUACUCUGGCAAUGUAUCGCCAGAACGAUAUGUCGCGAUGACGUAAACCUUACUUUAAGGUAAAAAGCUACAGCGAUAUUUCGCUAAGGCGAUUUAACGUGAUGAUGCACCUAGCCCUACGAUAUAUCAAUGAUAUAUCAACGAUUUAUAGUAUAUUGUUGAAACAACAUUUCGUUGAAACGAUAUAUCAGUGGAACGAGAUAUCACAGGAAAUCUCUGAUAUCUCAUCGAUUUAUCGGCAAUAUUUUGGAAAUAAACAAAGCGCUUUAUUCGACGUUAUAAACCAACAAAUACUUUUACCCGCGUGCGAUAGGUCUAAACGCAUUAUGUAAUCGAAUAUUCCCCAGCUAAAGCUGGGAAACAUCCGAGGAUGUACCUCAAGUGAUAUUCCCCAAUUAAAAAAACUUACGUUAAGGCUUCGUUUAAAAGCUAAUUCAAGAUGAGGAAGCGGUUUGUGGUUGUUGUAGAAGAAGGGACUUGUGUGUUUUUUUUAUAUAGUCAUAUCAGAGAGCAAUUAAAAUCGAACAUCCUAUGCAAUGAACGGUAAGCUGUUCUAAAACAUUUAUUGCUACAAACUGCAAAAUAUUUGGAGAAUAAUAAUCGCAAUAGCUUCGAUUUCGCACAAAAUUAUGAUGGGAUCUUUGUUCUUGGGCAUACCUGUUCCUCGAAGCUCACAGUUUAAAUCGAGCUUCGCUCUCGGAAACUCUUCGCAAACUAUUCGCAUCUCGGAACAGAUAAUGUUCAAGGCCAAAUAUGCGCGCUUACUUUCGCGCCACAUAGAAGCCACUGUUUUUAUAGCCGUUUGCAUUACUUUUGCAUAGUGCUGUUUAUUAUCAAGAAUCUGGUCAUUUUUAGGGUUUGAGUAGUCAAGAAAUAAGGUAUAGGCAUGGCAGUAGUAUUCAAAAGAGUUCUCUGCUUUAUUUUGAAAGUUGAUGGAGGUUUUUCAGAAUGGUCUAACUGGACAACUUGUAGUGUGUCGUGUGGGAGUGGAUUCCAAUUACGUUAUCGAAACUGUACCAGUCCCCCUCCAGCACAUGGAGGAAAAAGUUGUGAGAGCAGGAAUUUUACAGAUGUACGAACAUGUUUGAUGGGCGCUUGCAACUUGCCAGGUAAUUAUGUCAACGUUAUUUUUGAUAUUGUUGAGGUUUAUUGGCACCAUAAUGUUCUAUGGGAAAAAUUUCAACUUUUGACAAGUAUUUCAGAAAAGAAAAAUGUUGUUGUUCGAUUGUGGUCUUAAUCAUUCAUUUAUAUUCGUAAGAGUUUUGCGGUUUUGUCUCAACAGUUGAUGGCGGUUUUUCUGAAUGGUCCAAUUGGACCACUUGUAGUGUUGUGUGUGGAACUGGAUUCCAAUUACGUCAUCGAAACUGCACCAGUCCUUCUCCGGCUUAUGGAGGAAAAAGUUGCGAAAGCAAGAAUUUCACAGAAGGGCGAACAUGCGCGAUGGGACCUUGUCAGUUACCGGGUAAUUAUGUUUUUGUUUUACUUAUCGUUGUUAUUGUGGUAAUUUUUGCCCAACAUGAAUGUCUAAGGAGGAGAUUUAUAUUUUUGUCCCGCCAUCGAAAAAAGAGGAAAUCUUAAUUCUUCCACAGGCCCUGUCAUAUCAUUGAUAUUCACGAGAAUGUAUUGUUUCGUUUUGACAGUUGAUGGAGGUUUUUCAGAAUGGUCCGACUGGACAACUUGUAGUGUUUCGUGUGGGAGUGGAUUCCAAUUACGUUAUCGAAACUGUACCAGUCCCCCUCCAGCACAUGGAGGAAAAAGUUGUGAGAGCAGGAAUUUUACAGAUGUACGAACAUGUUUGAUGGGCGCUUGCAACUUGCCAGGUAAUUAUGUCAACUUUAUUUUUGAUAUUGUUGUGGUUUAUUGGCACCAUCAUUUUCUGUGGGAAAAAAUUCAACUUUUGACAAGCAUUUCAGAAAAGAAAAAUGUUGUUGUUCGAUUGUGGUCUUAAUCAAUUAUUUAUAUUGGUAAGAGUUUUGCGGUUUUGUCUCAACAGUUGAUGGCGGUUUUUCUGAAUGGUCCAAUUGGACCACUUGUAGUGUUGUGUGUGGAACUGGAUUCCAAUUACGUCAUCGAAACUGCACCAGUCCUUCUCCGGCUUAUGGAGGAAAAAGUUGCGAAAGCAAGAAUUUCACAGAAGGGCGAACAUGCGCGAUGGGACCUUGUCAGUUACCGGGUAAUUAUGUUUUUGUUUUACUUAUCGUUGUUAUUGUGGUAAUUUUUGCCCAACAUGAAUAUCUAAGGAGGAGAUUUACAUUUUUGUCCCGCCAUCGAAAAAAGAGGAAAUCUUAAUUCUUCCACAGGCCCUGUCAUAUCACUGAUAUUCAAAAGAAUUUAAUUUUUUUCGUCUUGACAGUUGAUGGAGGUUUUUCAGAAUGGUCCAACUGGACAAACUGUAGUGUGCCGUGUGGCACUGGAUUCCAACUACGUCAUCGAAACUGUUCCAGUCCCUCUCCGGCGCAUGGAGGACAAGGUUGUGAAAGCAAGAAUUUUACAGAAGGGCGAAUAUGUGUGAUGGGACCUUGUCAUGUGCCAGGUAAUAAAGUUGUUCGUAUUAUUGUGGAUUGUUUUGGUUACAACCGAAUUGUCUAAGAGAAAGAUUUCAAUCUCUGAGAAGCCAUUUAAAAAGAUGAUUUUUGAUUUGCUAUCGUAAUUUUUGUCAUGUUUUGACAGUUAACGGUGGUUUUUCUGAAUGGUCUAACUGGACAACUUGUAGUGUGUCGUGUGGGACUGGAUAUCAAUUACGUCAUCGAAACUGUACCAGUCCCCCUCCGGCGUAUGGAGGACAAGAUUGUGAAAGUGGGAAAUUCACAGAAGGACAAACAUGUGUGAUGGAAGCUUGCCGAUUGCCGGGUAACUAAGGAAAAAUUAUUGUCAUUUUUGUUAUUGUGGUUACUCUUUGCAUCAUAAUUAACUAAAUAGAAUAUUAUAAUAUUUAAAAGCGGAACUCGUAGCGCGCGCAGCGUAGCCCCAUAAUUAUACGAAAUAAUAGUAACCCAGCAAGCCGAAUAAACUUUGGACUUGACACCGUACGACCGACCGAACAAGGUGCUAUUUUUAGCAUGCGCGGCCUACUGUACCAUUACAGUAGACCAUUACGUAAUGGAAGCGCGAGGAAGAAGGUAGUACGUAGGCGCGAUUGCGUGCAUAACCUGGAUACCUUAUUAGUGUGCGCCAGGAGACACCGGCAGAUGACAAUGAAGUGCGCAUACUCGAGUGUCGAGCUUCAGUGUAGCGUACUGCGGGCAUACAGUUAGGAAUUCCAUAAGGGCUUCACGUGGGCUAAUAGAUGUGAAGCCGCGUGAGCAAAUAAUUUGCAACCCGCGUUUUAAGCGGGAAAUCAAACUGGUGAGGUUGAAGUUGAACAGUAAUUCUCAGUAUUUUGCAAUUUCUAAUGAACUCGCAUGCAACAAUACCGGUAGAGCUCAACAUUUUUCAACGGGAGGAAAUUGUUAUAAUUCAAGUUCGUGAAGAGAGAAUUUUGAGUGAAAAAAAGGCUGAAAGGAAAGAGACAGAGCGACCGAAAAAAGCAAGAAGUAAAAAGUGAAAGCAAGUCGAGAAAAACGCACAAGAAAGUUAGAGAGGACACAAAAAUAGGCAGAAUACGGCGAGAGGAACGCGAAAGAGAACAAGAAAGACGUAAGUAAAAAGGCGGUUAUCUAGCGAAGAGCAACGCGAGAAAGAAAUACAAAGGCGCUCCUGAAAACAGACUGAAAAGAGGUCAUCAACAAAGAGAAGUGAACUAAAAAGGAUCCGGGAAAGAAGAAGAGGUAAGUCGUGUCUUAUCUGGGUUUUCUCUCACGCUAAGGCCCAGAAAAAUUCAAACCUUUAUUAUCAAUCGUCGUUUGAUACUAGCUUCAGUUUAAAAUUAAAAUCACGUUUCGAUAAAACAAUGGCUUUGGCAUUCAUCGCCUAAAAACCCUCGCGCCGGUUCAUCUCUCGAAUAACAUUUCAAAGUGUUCGUAUUCUUCAUGGUAUUUCUUUUCCUGUCAUUUGAAAUGUUUAAUACAGUUGUGUUAUUAAUUAAGGGAAAAGAAAUCAUCUUAUAGAUUUUGUUUUGCCUGGAAAGUUUUAAGACGAUAGCGAACGGCGAGCGCAAGUUUCAACCGCUUUCUCUCUUCAGUUAACUAUCGCAGGAUUUACUCUAUUUAUUAAAAAAAAGCACGCUAUGUCGAAAAAGUGUUGGUUUGCCCCACGACCAAAGUAAUGGCCUUUCCUUAAAUUGAAAUAAAAUGAGAUUGAGUCAGCAAUGUCCAUGUUUACAUCAAGUUUGACGCGGUAAUUUAAUUUGACAAUAUUGUCACGGUGAGAACCCACCGAACAUCUGAGAAUUAAAUUAUGGACUGUAAAGGUGUGGUGCAAACAAACUUACAGGUAAAAUGGAUUUAGUCCUACUGCAGGAGAAGUGAAGUUCAUUGUUUGGUCAUGGUACUUUUCAGCGCUAUGUUUUCAUGCUUUCUACUGGAUUCGUUCGAACUUCCGGAAAUGGUUUGUCUUACAAAACAUGGAGCCACUUUCUCUUCGCUCUACAUCUUGAGGCGUACUUACUGCUCGAGUUAUGAUGAACAUGCUUGCGAUACGAUACGAUAAUUUUUUCCUAAUGCUGGAAACUGAGGAAUCAAUCUCUGAAAUUGAUAGUCAUCACAUUUUGCAAGAGGCGUCCGAGCUGUGGUCGUGUAAUUAAACGGGUUCCUCGCAAUUUGAGCUCACAAGCACGCUGGUAAGCACAUGGUUAGCGUAAAUUAUUGUUGUUUCCAUUUUUCGAAUUCAAGAGCCGUUUUUGAGAGUCCGUUUGUGUUACCUUCCUGGAUAUUUUCUGUUGAAUUAAUUGAGGUACAAUCUCGGAAUUUCAUAAGUGGUUAUGAACGAUAGAUUCGUAUCGGCACCGUAAUUUAGGGAGGUUUUGUUAAUACAUCAUCAGUUUACAAUUUGAGAACUAUUUCUAUAACUUGCUUGGAUAUUUUCUUUUGAAUUAAUUGAGUCACAUUCUCGGAACUUAAUCAGAAAUUAAGUACGAUAAAUCCGUAUAUGCAGCAAAAGUGAAGCACAUUUUAAACUUUCCAUACGAUUUUAUACUUAAUUGACUCUCGAUAAAUUGGCCUGCCAUAACUCGUUGAUUAUUUUAUUAUUUUGUAGCCCCAAAAGCCCGGCUUAUGACUUUGGAGGUACUGAACUUGAUAUAUUUGAUACGCAAGGCACCCUUCAAGAAAGAAGGUUAGAGUAAAAUUGCUUUUACGACCGUAUAUUGCACCCGGUUUACAUAUGUUGAUAACUGCUUAGAAACCACCUAUUAAAGCUAUAUUCAGAAGCAUAGACAUGUAGCUUAUAUGCUUCUGCUUUAUUUUUAUUGUAUGGGGUUUCUUUUUGUGUAACAUAUACCCAUUCCUUUAAUCUCCACCUUAACCUACCUGCAAAUAAUUAAAUUUUAUGUUUUAAUUCAAGUGUUUGAAGAUAAAACAGAAGUGCUUCAGAGCUCUCUUUCCAGAUUGAAUUCAGGUAAGAACGUCAGCAAACUAGUUGAUGUCAUAUGCUUCUCUUGAAUUUUUAAUUUUAUUGCCCUGGUUUUUUUUCAAAAAGCCCUUUUUAUAUCUCUGUGUACCAGCUAAUGAUCAAAAUCUCAGUGAAUAGAUGUGCCACAUUUUAGUAGUUUUUUUUUAAAUUCCAUCUUUAAGUGUUUGGUAUGUACUAGUUUAAAAUUCAUAAAUGGCAUUCUCUUUUCAUUCAUGUAAAGAGAUAUUACACAUUUCUUUAACUAAAAUCUGAAUCAUGAAGUCAACAUAAUUUCAAUGAGUUUGAAACUUCAUUGUAUAUAAGAACACUUCACUAGAGUAUGUCACAUUUCUUUGCUGUCUUUCUGGUACAUAUGAUUACCAUAUGUGUCUUAACCCUUUAACUCACAAGAUUUCAGAAGUGAUUCUCCUUACUGUCUGUCAUAAAAUUUAUGUCAUGUUAGUUUGUAGAAUUUGGAAUUGGAUCAACCCUUAAUUCAUUAAUUGAUAUUUUUCUGUAUUCUCAUUACUUGUCUGCUUGAUAUUGUACUGAAAGUGUAGGAAAAAUUCUGUCUAGGUCACUAGUGGGACUAAAAGGGUUAAAAUUGGGGAUUUCAUCAUAUUGCAACGAUUAAAAUUUUCUUAUCCUUUCAAAUGUAACCAAAAAAAAAAUAUAUGACGAGAAUGUGAUGUUAUGAAACAAUGGAAAAAGCUGUUGCUGGUAGCCUACCAGUAUGUCUGUAAUGUUUCAAUGUUCAUGGGAAAUACUUUUCUUUGAAAGCGAAGAUGCAGAAUGUCGUAAAAAAAGGUUGUGGUUAUUCAUUGUGGUGAAUAACAAUAAAAGCCAGGUUUUUUUCGUUUGUCUCACGAUGUAGUCACGUGUGAUGUAGAUCGUGAUAUUUCGACUGCAUACUGCUAGUCUUCUUCUUUUGAAAGAGACUAGCAGUAUGCAGUUGAAACGUCGCGAUCUACAUCACACAUGACUACAUCGUGAGACAAACGAAAAAACCCAGCUUUUAUUAAGGAUAUAGAAGUUUUCAAAGCUGAUAGAAAUAAGCUGUUUGCAAGUAAUGAAAAGCAAAUUGAUGAUCAUACCUUAAUGCUUGACAUGCUUCACUCAAACAUGUCAGUUGUGUGUAUCUACCAAUGUAGAUAUGCCUUUAAAAAUAUUCCUUGGUGUGGCUGUUGUUCUUUGUUGAUCGUCGUAGCCAAAAAAGCUAAUAAAGGCACUAAAAUUCAAUAUUUAUGUACACAAGGCACCCUCCAAGAGGAGAAAACCAUAGAAUGAUAUUUAUUAGGCACUUGCACUUACCAUGAUUAUAUAUUCAAGCAAUACUCUACAUAUGUAAAACUGAUUACAUGAUGUCUUUAACCCUUUACACCUUAACAACAGUAUGCUUAUUUUCCAUACUGUCCUCUUUAACAGUCACAAGGUUCUUCAGUUGAUUAUUGUUUCCCUUAUUCACAUGACCUUAAAGCUUGAUUCAGGGAUGAUAUUUAAAAGAGAAAUUAGAUGCUAGUCACUCUCAGGGAUUAGAAUGUUAAUAACUGUAAACAUUUUAUAUGCUCCUUGCAUUUGAUGGCAACAGUAGUUAAUGUUGUUGAGAGAGCAAACAAACAAAUGAACAGAAGACAGUAAAAUGAGGUAAACUAUGAACUCAGUUUACUAUAUGAUAGAAGAAACAUCCCAGAAUACUUAAGUAGAGAAACUUGGAUUGUACUAGGUAAUAUCCUUUAUUGCCCUUCAUGUUUUUCAUUCAAAUAAAAUUUAAUCAGUUGAAGCGUUUGCCUGCAAUGUGUCAAAUUACUAGUGUAGACUUGAUUCUUCUCAGUUGUCAGCUCAUAAAAGACAGAUACUAAGAAUAGAUGUCCAUAAGAAAAAGUACACACCAUCAAAAACAUCACAGUGAAGUGGUGGUGUGAUUGAUUUGGGAUAUUUAGAAUGACAGAAGCAGGAAAAAAAACACUGAGCUUUUUCCUAUUUCGUAAUAAGUUAAUUAGAUUUCGAAAUCUAUAUUCAAACUAGGUGAAUUAAUUAAUAUCAUGCUUCAUUAUGGUUUGUUUACAUGGAAAGGUAAUUAUUAUUAUAGUUUACAGAUGUUUUGUUUGCCAUCCCAGUUAACCCUUUAACUUCCCAGAUCAAAUUUGUAAUUCUCCUUACUGUCAACCAUAUAAUUCUUAUAAUGUUAGUUCAGAGAAUUUAGUAUUGGAUCAACUAAUUAUCCCCAAAUUAAUAUUGCCUCUAUUCUCUUCACUUAUCUGGUUGAUAUUGUAUUGAUAUUGUAGGGAAAAAUUCUCUCUUAGUCACUCAUGGGAGUUAAAGGGUUAACAUUUAUGACAAAGUUCUAUUUAACACAGCAUUUAACAUAAAUGCAAUGUUUCAAGAAUUUUUUUCCUUUCUCUUCAAUACCAUUUACUAUUUCUGGAGCACAAUUAAUCCUUUAACUCACAAGAUCUCAUUGGUAAUUCUCCUUACUGUCUGCCAUAUAGUUCUGGUGAUGUUAGUUUUGAGAAUUUGGUAUUGGAUCAACUAAUAAUUCCCUGAUUAAUAUUUUUAUUUAUUCUUAUCACUUGUCUGCUUGAUAUUGUGUCAAUAUUGUAAGGAGAAAUUCUGUCUUGGUCGCACAUGGGAGUUAAAGGAUUGAAGGAAGCAGGUUAUUGGAAAAAUUAUAACUUUUCAUUUAGGUAAUUAUUUGAAUAUAUGAGUAACAUUUAAUGUUUUUACAUGAAACAGGAUGAUCAAGCUGAAGAUAGCCUCAAAAAGGAGUGAAUUCUACUGUAAUAAUCAGGUGACUAAUUUGGAACUUGAGCACUUCGUAAAUACACCUCGGCUUGCAAUUCUGAUGAUUAAAGUUUGCUGGGGCAAUUGAAAUGUCAGUCCCUAUGCAGGAACUUUCCACAUGGCCUAUACAGUCAUAUGAUAUGAGAUAACUUAAGAAAAAUGCAUUUGUGUCAGUAGAUGUAAUUUAAAUACAGUACCUUGUAGUAACAAAGAUUAAUGAUUUCCUGUAAGCAUGAAUGUUCGGGAGAAGUUAUGGUGGUAACUGACCUUUUUUUUUGCAAGGAUGCAUAGGGUCUGAUGAUUGUAAUUUAUAUCUUUUAGCUUUCAAACUUUCAAAUUUGUGUUAAUUGUAACUGUUUGCCAUAUCUAUUUCUCUGUACCUUAAGCCCUCAAAAGCAGAAGCAGGUGAGUCAAUGACCUGACUUCCUUUGUUUGGAAUUGUGUUAUUAUAUAAUUUUGCUGUAUAGGUUACCACAUUGUAACAUGUAAUAUUAUUAUUCAGAUUGCAUUAAAUGGUGUUUCUUACCAAUGUUCGUACCGAAACUAAACACUGAUAUCUGGAAAUGGUCACAAGAUAUGUGAGUUUUAAAGGGUGGAAAUCUGGAAAAGCAAGGAUCUUCCUUUAAUUAGUUCUGAAAUUAAAUGGGGGCCCUCCUGUUUUAAUUCAUGUUUUUAGUAUGACCUGCUUCCUCCCCUGUAAUGUUUAGGGCAUAUGAAUGAAGAGAACAUUUUUUGUAUUUUGACGCAUGAAAAUUAAAUUAAUUAGCAUCCAUAUAAUGCACAAAGCAAGAAUAUAAUUGCCUUAGCUUAAAAGGUUAAAAAAUUAAAACAAGAGAGUUGUGCAGACCAUAUCUUCCUCCUUUGGAUAUUUAUCCAAAUAACAUAGUCACUAAUAGUCUCAUUCAAUCUUAAUUUUCACUGAGUUUGUGGAAAGAUGAUAACCUCGGUAUUUCUCUAAAUGAAGAAAGGAAGGCCUGCCCUCUUACCGCAGGUAGUUCUUUUGGGCAUCAUCAGUAAAACCCUGGUAAAAUUUGUAAUUGAAGGCAAUUGUUCCAGGUAGACUAACCCUAAAAAUUAGUUGUGAAAACUUCGUGAACCUGUCGUUGUAUAAAAUGUUUGAUUGAAUUUUACCUCACUAACCAACAUGUAAACUGAAUAAAUAGAAACUUGAAAUUCAUUUGUUCUCCUUUAGAGGUGUGCAUCAAAAUUCUGAAGUCAUUGCAGGCUUGAAGUACAGCUUUAGAGGAAAUCUGCAUGUAUUCCUUAGCUUAAUGGGUCAUAGGUUAAAAAAUUAAAAAUAAGAUAGUUGUGCAGACCAUAUCUUACUUUUUAUGUAUAAACCUAGUACUAUGACUAGUUCAAAUGACUUUACUACUUGCCAUAAAGGUAUAGGCAGGUGUUGUAAAAAAGUUUGGUUAGCUUUUUCAUUAGUACACAUCUCUUUUUCUAAGAAUCUUGUUUAUUCGGCCUAUGCUCAAUUCUACUUUUUCAAUAAAAUUUUCUUUUGAAUGUUCUUAGAUCUCUUAGUAUCAGUUAAUAUUCAUGUAAUUAAAAUAGUUACAUGAAAUCUUGCAGAUGCGUGGCACAUUUUUUCCCUCUGUUCCUCCUAACAUUCUACUAUGUUCAGGGAUUGUUAUUGGCUAUAAAAUCUAUGUCAAAUUAAAGUUUUGUGCACAGUCUAUGCGUCAAAUUUAUCUAAUAAAAUAUUGUGUCCUUCUUAAAACUAGUUUAUGAGAAUAAGAAUGCGUUACCAGGCACAAGUAUGACUUUCACAAUGAUAGUUUCAAGGUUUGAAAAAAGUCAUUGCCAGCUAAAAUCCUCUGUUCCUUUGCUCAAAACAUUGCCAACGGGAGCAAUUAGUUAAUUAAUGAUACAGACAAGAGAGCCUAUUCCCAAAUACACCCUCCUCAAUUCUGUUUGCUUUUUAUGGACAUGGCAUUUCAAACGUGGUGUAUAUGCCACAAAUUUUCCAUCUCCUGAUUAAUUAUUUUGUAAUGUUUUUUACAAGUUGUGGAAAAUGGUUGGGUUGAAACAUAAUACAAAGACUUGCUAGUAGAUAGUCAAAUGAAAACUUUUUACAUACCAAUAAAAUUUAUUGUUGCGUUUCAUGUUAACAUGUUGCAACAACUUCACCUUCCAGUAAAUUCAACUGAUGGGUAACAUGAGAAAAUACCAUGUAAAACUUUUCAACCUAUUUAAUAUAGCCAAUAAUAACAUUCACUCAACUUUUAAACUAAAGAGAAACUUGAUUGAUGUUUGGAGUUGAUUUCUGUGACGUGGAAAUGAAAUCCAGGUAUUAUCUCAAGUUCUCUUGAGGACAUCCACUUUAUAUGCAGUUACACCAGAAGUUACCGAAUUAAUUAAGAGUAAAUAUAAGAAAAAGACGUCGUGUAUUUCCAGCCAGAGGACAAUCGUGAAUCAAAAAUAACCGAAAGCGAAAAAGUAAAAAAAAAUACCGGCUCAAACACGAGUUCAAAGUUACCUUUCUUUUUAAUUUUCUACGCUAAACAGGAGAUUGAAACGCUGGGGAAAAACGGUGGGGUAAGCAGUCAUACAUGACAACAUCACUAGAAGAUAUAAUAAAGCCCAUACGAUUCUGGCGUAUUGUUUUGCUGACUCACUGUGCUCACGUGUAUAUAACAAUCGACUAGCGAUGUCAUAACGCAAAGUAGUUUGCCGUCGUUUCUUUCAAUUUUGGCCCAUUUUCCCAAACCGAAAUUAUAAGUCACGCUCAAUAGAUUAUAAUUCCAACUGAUGCUGACAUCAUAGACUUCAUCUGAAGAAGAGAACAUCCCCCAUCUUAGAAAAUUUGCUCCAAACAUUUGGAACAACGACGAAGGUCCUAAGCUGUUUGAAGAUACCGCUGACUAGCAUGUGUGUUAAUCGCCUUGCAAGUUGUGAGAAAAUCGUCUCCAGGUUCCAGACCUCGUCUGGUCUCCUGUCCCCUUGAAGAAACUAUUCUACAGCCUGUGCUGAAGAGUUUUAUUACAGUUUUCAUUCAGCAUAAUGCGGGGCUGGAAAAUAAACUACCAAGAGCUCCGCUUUUAGGCUUGGCUAAAUCUAUAUAUGUUCCUACUUAAGAGGAAAUUUUCAUUUUUAUUCCACAGUGCCCGUCAUAUUAUUAAUAUUCACGAGAACGUAUUGUUUCUUUUUGACAGUUGAUGGCGGUUUUUCAGAAUGGUCCGACUGGACAACUUGUAGUGUUUCGUGUGGGAAUGGAUUCCAAUUACGUCAUCGAAACUGUACAAGUCCCCCUCCAGCACAUGGAGGAAAAAGUUGCGAAGGCAAAAAUUUCACAGAUGUGCGAAACUGUUCGACAACAGAAUGCUAUUCAAAAGGUAAAUAAGUUAAUCAUCAGAACUGAUCUAACCCAAGAGUGGGUCAGCGGGUAAGCCUUUAUUUGAUAGCCUUUUAUGAUUUUUAUCACCUGACAAAAUUUUUUACCGGUGUCUUCUAAUAAUUCCAAUUGCAUAAUUUGCUCUCACAUUCUUUAGAUGUGUUGGAUGCUUUCCAAACUAUUUUGUGUUUUCCAAAAUAGCACAUUUUUGGAUUUAUGAAUGUUUUUUCUCAGCAUGUUUUGGUGAUAACUUAAAAUUUACCAAAUUUUGCGGACAAAAUUUAAAAUGAAUUCAAUUCUUUUUUUCCUCUGCAAGAUUUAGCUAGUCCGUAAGAAACUAUGUGUUUGUAAUAGGACAUGAAAUGAUGCAGAGUUAAUCCGUCUAAUUUGUGGAGAGUCAGUCAUACACUGAGUGUUUCAGAAAUUCUGCGACAACACAUACACUGAAUGUCGCAGUAAUUCUGCAAACACUCGUACACUGGAUGUCGCAGAAAUUCUGCAACCCCUCAUACACUGGAUGUCGCAGAAAUUCUGCGACCAUAUCUACUCUGGAUGUCACAGAAACUUUGCAACCACUCAUGCCCUGGGUAUCACAGAAAUUUUGCACCACUCAUACACAGGAUGUCGCAGAAACUUUGCGACCACUCAUAGACUGGAAGUCGCAGAAAUUAUGCAAGCAUUCAUACACUGAGUUGUCGCAGAAUUUCUACGACAUCCAGCGUAUGAGUGGUCGCAGAAUUUCUGCGACAUCUAGUGUACUCGCUAUCAUCGGUUGAAAUGUUUUUGUGCGAGGAAUACAAAUUAACUUCACUCAGAGUCAAAAACAGACAAAAGCUCAACUCUACGAUAAGUUGAAGUAACAAUGCUGUGUGUGCUAAUUUUUUUUGCAUGACAAGAUAAACUAGAGUAAAUAAAUCCACGGUUGGAAACUUAAGGCUAUUAACAGAGGCCCGCUUUAUUAAAGAGAUUUAAAGUUAGGAGACCUUUUGAGCAGAUAACUUCUUACUAAAUUUAGCUUUUCUGAAGCUUUUAAAGAACCAUGGGUUUACUGAAGCAAAUUGGAACGCACCUUUUGAAUUUGAAAUUGGCUUUUUUUUUCCACCAUUCUCGGGAAACGAAUAUAUUUUUUUCUUCGUUCCGGCAAGCUAUGACCAUUUUCUCGUGGACUUCGUACCUUGCAGAACUUCUGCAGCAUUGAACGCCAUACCAUGCAGAAUUGCUGCAGCACUAGACGUCAAGGUGUGCAGAAUUUCUGCUGCAUUGUACGUCAAACCUUGCAGAAUUUCUGCAGCAUUGGACGUCAAGGCGUGCAGAAUUUCUACAGCAUUGGACGUCAAACCUUGCAGAUUUUCUGCAUCAUUGGAAGCCAUACCAUGCAGAAUUUCUGCAACCCUGGACAUAAUUCCAUGGCAAAUAAAACUGAAAAAAAAAACCAUAUUUUUCAUAAGUCCAUUUAUCACGGCAAUUGCUAUUUUGGAAAACACAAAAUAGUUUGGAAAGCGUUUUCAUGGACAACACUUAAAUUUCAUCAGAAAUCUCGGUACCAAUCAAAAUGUCAGAUCAUCUAAAUUGGACAUGACCCUUUUUUGGCUACAUUUCGAAAAUGUCUUCAUCUGGGGCAUGCAUUUAAAGCUCAUGUUAUGCCAUCUGUAACUUUAGUAAACUAUAAUUACGUUAGGGAUAAGAUCCAUACCUUGGGAAUCAAAUCGUACUUUUGGAAUAAAAUCCAUACCUUUCAUGUAAAAUUAAUAUCUGAAAAAGUAAGUGAAAAUAAUAUUAUUAAUUCUGUAUUUAACGUUCGCAUUUUAAGUAGUGUUAAAUGUGAAUGGUGUAAGUGAUUCAAGAGGGUAAACAUCGCAAAAAUGAAGUAGUUAUACUAAUAAUAAUAAAAUAAUAAUAAUAAUAAUAAUAAUAAUAAUAAUAACAAUAAUAUAAUGAUAUCAAUAACAGUGAUAAAAAAACAUCCAUACUUCAGUCAUAACAUCCUUACCUCAAAAACAACAUUUACACAUCAGGUAGAACAUGCAUGCCUUAGACACAGCAUCCGUUAUGCUUAUGCAUUCAUUAAUAUACUUCCAGACUGAAGGUAUAUAAUUAUAUUUUAAAAGUUAUUUCAAUAAAACUGGAGCCGAUGCAUGAUGUAGAGUGUAAAAAGUAAAAAAAUCCUUCCAAUAUUUAUUUGUAUUGUUUGGUUUUGCUUUAACAGUUGAUGGCGGUUUUUCAAAAUGGUCUGCUUGGACCACAUGUAGUGCAUCGUGUGGGACUGGACUCCAAUUACGUUAUCGAAACUGCACCAAUCCUCCUCCCGCUCAUGGAGGGAAAAACUGCGAGAGCAGAAAUAUCUAUGAAGGGCGAUCAUGUAAUAUGAAAGCUUGCCAAUCAGGUAAACCAGCGGGUAUUGGUUUUCCCUCUCUUUCUGAUACGAGAAGUAUGCAAUACCCCUUAUCGGGGGCACAGAGACACGAUGCUUAGUGAUCGACGUGAAGUCUUUGUCAAAAGCUUCGAGUUUAAGGAUUGAACCUUGGUUGGAGUUAUUCUGUUGCAAAAAGUCGAGUUAUUGUCAACUUACUCUCAGAUCCUCCCUUGAGGUAAGAGAACAAAUGUGCUCUAGGAACUUUCCAAGAAACCUUAGGAAAAGGUGGUGCUUUAGUCUGAUGUGAACUAGCAACCAAUCGUCAUUCCCUAUUCGCCUAUGGCUGCAGAAACUGGAAUGGGCUUUAGCAACAUGCGACUUUUUUCCUGGUGGCCCUAAAUAAGAACGCUAUGUUGUUCUUGUGGCUUUCUUAAUUUACCCAUGGCUUCCAUGUAUUUGCAGAACAAACAUUGAGUAUCAGCUGAUCAUUGAGGAAAAUACUAUAGAUCCAUUACAAAUUACUCAAAUAAAUGACUUUGUAUCUCCUUAACCUACAGAUGUGGGUUUUGUUAACGCUAAUACCGGCGAUGGUGGAACAGGAGACGAAGAGGAGCAUGGCAGCAAUGAAUACUGUAAGUUAACUAUAGAGGCUUGGGAUGGGCGAGGCACAGGUAAUUCCCUUUCGUAAGCUAUGUGGAUAUGUACUGCUCUGUGAUACCAAAUCGGGAAAAGGUGAAGGAAUUCAAAGUGGUGUUGAAAAUAGCAUGCUGUGGUCUGAAAUAGGGUCAGGAUUUGAAUUUAAAUUGGUAGCACAUCCCUACCAAGAGUUCCGCGGAGUACCGGCUUUUCAGAGAAAAGAAGGCAUAUUUUGUGAAAAUAGUUUUUAUGUAAAAAAGCAGGUCCACGUGAAAAAAUAAUACUUAUCUAUACAGUAAUUUCAGAACAGAAUGUCGUCUGCGUUUUUCCUACAGUUCUUCAAUUGUUUUCGUCUGUGGUUCGUGUUUAAGUCGAAUUUGAGAUGGGACACCAACAUAACCCGAAAAUCCCACGAAAUACAGUUCAAGCUACGCCUUAUUGACUUUUUGUAUUUUUGUUAUAUAUUUUUCCAGUUGUUGCGAUGAUAGUUUUUGCAGUGGCUCUCGCAUUUUCCAUCCUAAUUGGUAUCACUGCAUGCUAUGUGCUACGCGAUCAAUCUUCUAGAAACAGGUAAGGAGAAAUAUUGCGGAAAACAGUACUUUACAGUCGCCAUUUAUACGAAAGUAAUUCAUGUGAGCGUAAUAACACGUUAACCCUUUAACUCCCAGGAUCUCAUUAGUAAUUCUCCUUACUGUUCGCCACACAAUUAUUAUGAUGUCAAUUUGGAGACUUUGGUAUUGGAUCAUCUAAUAAUCCACUAAUUGGUUUUUCUACUUUAUUUUCAUCACUUCAAUGCUUGAUUUUGUAUUGAUAUUGUAAGGAGAAAUUUUCUCUUAGUCAUUCAUGGGAGUUAAAGGUUUAAAGCCGUUUUGAAUUGAGUGUCGAAAGUGAUCCGGGAUUGCUUUGGAUUUGCCUAACUAUGCUCUGUGAUUGGUCAUGAAAACUGGCGUCAUUCCCUCAACCAAUUAGAUGCAAAACCAAACCCGGUCACGAUUCACUCACCGGCGUUUUCCCGCACUUUAGGCAGUUUUUUGCGUUUUACUUCGAGUUCUCAUUGGCCUCGAAGCUAUUUUUACUUUCAUAGCAAUUCAGUUUGUCAUCACGGUUAACUUUUACCCUUGAAGAUGAAAUCUUAGUGUGAGGUAGUCCAGAUGAAAGCUAUCAAGCAGUUGUUUCAUGUGAUAAUACUUCUUUACACUCUAAAAGGUGGAGUAAUAAUAACCCCCAUUGCAAAGUGAGAGAGAGAGAGAGAAGGGAUUAUCCUUAUCAAUCAAGUUAAUUACAUUUAUACUCUAAUUUAAAAGUUUUUGACUUCAUUUUUUUAACCUUAAACAACAGGAACAUUGCACAGGUUGAAAAUACACGACUUGAUGGAAAAUUUGUUUAUGUGAUGGACGCAAUGAAGACCUGAAGCUAACAUACACUCACAAAGGAGUCUGAGGACACAAUGUUCCCGU